AUGAAUGCAAAUUUAUUGCAAUGGGAAUAAUAAAUAGAAAAAUCAAGGUUGAGUAAUUAACAAUUAGACUUUUGCUAGUAUUUUACUUUAAGUUAUAUUUAUGAAAAUGAGCCAGAAUCAUUUUUGGGAAGAUGCAGAUUAAUAUAAAAUGGAAAUAUUUAUAUUUAUUUGGAUAGAAGAUCUAAAAACUAUAAAUAAUUAUCAUAAAAUGUAUCCUUGUUAUGGCAUUUUCCAUUAUCAAAAGAAAUCUAUUAGAUCAAAGCUUAACAAAAUUCUUUGAUUGAAAAUAUUGAAAACCACUGGAGUUUGAUUGAUAAGGAAGAAAAAAAAAAUUUUCAUACUAAAUUUCCUGAUUAAGUUUUAGAUUAAAUUGCUGAAAAAUAACUAACAGACAUUGAAAAAUUUAAUAUGCAAGAUAAAAACAAUUUAUCUGAAAAUUUUAAAGUGAUAAAAAUUUCUCCAUUUGAUAUUAUUUAAACAAAAUAGACAAUGCCUUAAGUAAUUGCAGAUUCGAGAACUAAGUUUGAAUCUAUUUUUAGACCAUAUAAGGAAGAACAAAAGAUUCAUUAUUAUUUCAAAGAAAAUUAAUGGUUUUCUAAUCAAAUAAUUUGA